UCUCAAUUUCUUUGUCAAACAGUGUCACUGAUGAGCCCCUGUGUGAUGCACUCACAGUCCAAUUGAUGGACUUAGCAGUGGAGCGCCUCUCCACAAAUGCCAAGCGUGAUUUGCCUUUUCCUUUGGCUCGCGGCUGGCGUGCUUGGCGUGCCGUUGGGAAAUGAGUGGAAUGUUCUUGACUCUUUCUGCUCCGGCAGGAUUUGUGGAGUCGAACCGUCAAACGACGAGUGCGGCAUUGCUUGUACGGCAGUAGACGGGAUUUGGAACGUGGUUCGAUCUGUCAAAAGAAUUGAACAAGAACAAAAGGGGAUAGCCGAAGGAAAAGGGUUGUCUCAAGAAAUUGUUUGGGGGGGCUAAUGAGAUUGAUUGUUUAAGACAACACUGAAUUAUACGCAGUAUGGUAUCUCUGUAGCAAACGCCGGCCCCA